AUGGCGGAACUGAUUGAUAUUAAGAGUCACGGGUUGCACUAUACUUGGAAUCAAAAACCAAAGGAUGGGGUAGGAAUGCUAAAGAAGAUCGACCGUAUCAUGGGCAACAUCAAACUCUUAGAGGUUUUUUCGGAUGCUUAUGCCAUGUUUCAGCCGUUUCGUGUUUCGGAUCAUGCUCCGGCCAUACUGAAACUUUUCUCUAUUCAUAGGGAUCGGCCUAAACCGUUUAAGUUCCCAAAUUUUAUUGUGUCUAAGCCUGAGUUUCGUGAAGCUGUUUUGACCGAAUGGAAUAAACCUGUUGAGGGUGUGACCAUGUUUUUAGUGGUGAAGAAGAUGAAGGAUCUGAAAUCGCACUUUAGGAGGAUAUUACGUAAUCAAGGUAAUCUUCAUAAACGGGUUGUUGAUUUACGGAAUGAGCUGGAUAAGAUUCAAAAACAGGUGGAAACUCAGCCGUUUGAUGCCACUCUUCGGGCUUCAGAAGUCAUAUGUUUACGAGAUUUCAAGGCCGCGGUCUAUGAUGAGGAGUGCUUCUUGAAGCAAAAGUCCAAAGUGCAAUGGUUAUGUGCAGGUGAUUCUAACACAUCCUACUUCCAUAAUUGUGUGAAAAGUAGGAAUGCGAGAAAUAAGAUUAAUUGCAUCAAGGAUACGAAUGGUAAUCAGUAUGAGGGAAUUGAUGUUGCGGCUGCUCUUCUCAACCAUUAUUCGGCUUUCAUGGGUACUGAGGAUCAGGUUGCGAGUCUUGAUGAUUCAGAUUUGUUUGUUAAUGUUUUACAACAAAAUGUGGCGGAGAAUAUGGUGAGACAGGUCACUGAUGAUGAAGUGAAACAGGCUAUGUUCAAUAUAGGUGAGAACAAGGCCCCUGGUCCGGAUGGUCAAACAUUAAGUUACAUAAGCUUAAAAUGA